AUGGAUUCCGUGCAAUUAAUCACGAAGUAUAAUUACCCAGUCGAAAAACAUUUAGUGGUGACAGAAGAUGGCUAUGUAUUGAACAUUUAUCGAAUACCCAAGCGCGGAACACCCGUAUUGUUAGUUCAUGGUAUCGGGGACAGUUCUGAUUCGUGGAUGGUGUUGGGUCCAAAAGGUUCGUUAGCAUUCCGCCUCGCCGAUGCUGGAUUUGAUGUGUGGUUAUUCAACUCAAGAGGAAACAAAUACAGUAAAAGACAUGUCGAGAAUCUGUCAAUGAAACAAUACUGGAAUUUUAGCUUUGAAGAAAUGGGAUCUAAAGAUCUGCCCGCUACGAUCGAUUAUAUUCUAUCUACAACAUCUGAAGCUAAACUCUCGUACGUAGGAUUUUCACAAGGCACAACUAUAUUUUUUGUGCUGUGCAGCAUGCGACCUGAGUAUAAUUCCAAAAUCAAACAAGCAAUAUUAUUGGCACCAGUAGCUGAGAUAAAGAAUAUAAAAAUUCCUUUGAUAAAUUUCUAUUCUAAAAAUUACGACUUGCUUACAUUUUUGGCUGCGGCAGGUGUAAAUGAAGUAUUUGCUUCUAAUGUAUUACUAAACAUUUAUCAUGCCAAUGUUUGUAAUUCGAAAUCUCCAGUGAGAUGGUUUUGUCAAUUAAAUUUAUAUGCCAACUUUGGUUUAAACAAGUUAGGAAAAUUUUCGGGAGAAAGACUUCCCAUAAUCACUAGUCACAUUCCUGCCGGCACAUCGUCGAAAACAUUUUUGCAUUUUUUACAAGGUUAUAUAUUCAAAAGUUUUAGAAGAUUCGAUUAUGGGGAACAAAUAAAUCUAAACAUUUACAACUCUACUAUUCCACCCACGUAUGAGUUAUCUAAAAUUGAUGCUCCCGUUUUUUUAGUAACAAGUGAAAGUGACUGGUUUAGUACCGUCGACGACGUCAAAGCUUUACGGAAAAAUUUGCGUAAUAUUGUCAACUACUUAGAAUUAAACAAAACAUUAGAUUUUACACAUUUGGAAUUUGUAUAUGGUGUACGCGCAAAAUCUGUUAUCAAUGAACGUGUUAUUAGUUUCUUACGGACAUAA